AUUUAAAUUUCUAAGUCAAUCAGAACAAGACUUCACGUUGGUCAAAUGCAAGGUGCGUACUAUUUCUUCUCUCACACUCCACCCACACUGACUCUCCUGGGCAUCUCGUCGUCAUUCACAUCACGUAUUCACACUGAAGCACUGUCAUCACAGGCACCAUCCCUGACAUUACUCAGCUGCAGAGAUGGAUCUCCAAGGAGAAAACCACUCAGAACUGAAUCUGGCUAAGGACCCCCAGAGACAGCAGAGGAAAGGCAAGGGCAUGAAAAGUUCCAUUUUACAAACUGAACAGCAAAUGUCCUCUGUGGAAAUAGAGUUUCAAAAAGCUUCUCAAGAUCUUCAAGGGAAUGACAAGAACCAUUGCACAGAUUCACCAUCCCCACCAGGGAAGCUCAUUGCUGGGAUCCUGGGAGUCAUCUGCUUUGUCUUGCUCUACAGUAUAGUGAGAAUUAUUCUGUGGAACCAGACAACAGGGAACCAGAAAGCAUAUAAUUGUGGUCGAUGUCCACCAGAGUGGUUAAUGUAUUUCAACAACUGCUACUACAUCAGCACUGAAAAAAAGACAUGGAAUGAGAGUUUCAUGGCCUGUGCUGCUAAGAAAUCUAGCCUGCUCUAUAUAGAGAAUGAAGAAGAAAUGAAUUUGUUGAACUUUUCCAAAAUACUUGUAUGGACUGGACUGUCCCAGAGAAAUAAUAAUAAUUCUUGGGUGUGGACAACUGGCACAACUCUCUCUUCCAGACUAUUUUCAAAAACUUCCAAGUUGGACAAGAAUUGUGUAUGUGCGGAUUUCCACAGCCACAUGUUCUAUUCUAAAUCCUGUUUAGAAAACAAAACAUAUGUUUGUAAGCACCAGGCACGAUAG